AUGAGUCUGGACCGUGAGGCUAUCAGUGCCAUCCUUUUGCGUCUCUCCUGCAACGACCACGGCUCCCCAUCACUCACGAGCCACCGCGUCAUCCUCGUUCGUGUAGCCGACGCCAACGACCAUCCGCCCAGUUUGCGUCAAUUCACUCUGCUCCAUACAGCCGUCAUCUUCUUGCCUUUCGUUGAUGGCAAAAACGAGUCUCAACUCGGAAAAUCGGCUCUUUCAGCAUCUACCGGCUCUGUUGUGUCUGCACCUGCUGAGUGGGCAUUGCCAGAAACUAUUCGCACAUCACAAAGAAGUAUCUUCCUUUCAAGCGGCAACCAAGAGACGCAAGUAGAGCAGCCACACCAACCAAAUGCCAGAUUGCCGGUCCAGAAGAAUGGCGACCCCGCAGAGCAAGACACAGAAGGGGACGUGAAACAAACAGUGAAGGUGAAGAAGCAAGACGAAAUGGAAGCAAAUGUGAUCUCGCCAUUCCAAUCGAAGCAAUUGUUGAGUCGUGGAGGUGCAGGGCAAUUGAGGCUGCGAAUGUAUGUGCCUGAAGAUCUGCCAGUUGGAAGAGGUUUUGCUCGCCUUUUGGCGACAGAUGAAGAUAUUGGCAUAAAUGGACAACUGGAGUACUUCAUAAUUAGUCAAGAUCCAGGUUAA